AUGGACCCCACAGAAAACGACGUCGAAGUCUCUGAUGACGAUCUCAUGGCUCAGAUGGGCUUCUCAUCCUUCGGCGCUGCAUCACCACCCUCCAAGCGUCGCCGCUACAAUCCAAAUGCAGAUGCUUUACUGCCACCCAAGUCAUCUGCAACCGGCGCAAACUCCACAGCAUUAGGAACCGGCUCAAACAAGGAUGAGAUUUCCCUGGACGACGACGACGAAGGAGAUGUCAACUCGGAACAGAAAGUGCCAGCGCAAGCGCGCCCGGCUAGUCUACCCCAAAGACCUGCUCCAGCGCAGGCCACAGCUCAAGGCCAGCAUUCGGGAGCGCAUGGGCCAAGGGGUAAUAAGUUCACUGGAUACUACGACCGCAUGUCCAACGAGAAUCCCUGGGAGAAGAUCGAGAAGGCCCGGGGUUUGACGACAAAAGGAACUUGGAUUUCUCGAAAUGCUGGGAACGCUGCGACGAUAGGUGAUGCUCCUGCUUGA